UGGAAGGACUCGAUCACAACUCAAAAGCUCGGUUCAGGGCUGAAUGGGCUUGGAAUUGGCUCGUUUGGGUUGGAUUGGUCCACUGUUGCCGGGUUUGUGGGAAGUCCUCUAGCCACCCCAUUGUUUGCCAUUCUCAAUACCAUGGCCGGAUUCUUCAUUUCCGUUUAUGUCAUUUUGCCUAUUGCUUACUGGAACAAUGCAUACGAAGCGAGGAGGUUCCCCAUGCUUUCACAAGAGACUUUUGACAGUUCUGGUCAAACUUACAACAUCACGAGGAUUCUUAACGAAAAAGAAUUUGACAUCAAUUUCGGUAAAUAUGAAAGAUACAGCAAACUCUAUCUCAGCUUCACUUUUGCUUUCAACUUUGGAAUCAGUUUUGCAGCUCUAAUGGCGACUUUCACACAUGUGGCACUUUUCGACGGAAAGUAA